UACCACUUGCAGUUUACAAGCAGAAAACACUUGAAGUUAAUUACAAGCAGAAAACAUUCUUCAGAAUGGCUUCUCUGUGUCUACACAAAGAAUCUUUCUUUCUUUUAGUGAUAACUUUCGCAUAUUUCUCUUCUCCCUCAGCUGCCCAAACAAAAUGUAACAUCAGAUCAGUUUACCAACUCGGUGACUCACUCGCUGAUGCCGGAAAUGUCAUCCGUACACCCGGCGCUUCCAUUAUAUUCCGAGCCAACCAAGCUCCGUACGGUGAAACCUUCUUUAGAAGACCUACCGGCCGUUUCUCAAACGGCCGUAUUAUUAUCGAUUACAUUUCCUCUGCUUUCAAACUCUCCUUCCUUAAUGCUUACUUGGACAGAGGUGCUUCUUUUAGCCAAGGCGUUAACUUCGCCGUGGCUGGUGCCACGGCGCUGAAUUCCUCUUUCUGGGCAGCUCGGGGUAUUCGGCUGCCCACAUGGAACACGCCGUUGGCUGCUCAAUUAGGUUGGUUUAAAUCUCAUCUACAAUCCACAUGCGGUUCUAAUUGUGCACAAACUCUUAGGAGUUCGUCUCUUAUAGUAAUGGGAGAAUGGGGU